UGAUUCGCCUCAAGCCAAUUUGCGUCCAGAUCGAGAUCGGGAAUCGGGGAGGCGUAGCUUAGCGAUCAGGACUAUGGCAGCGAUCGGCUGGCGGAUAGGAGUGAUGGCACUGGCGGCGCUCUCGGUGGUGGCUCUCCUCGUCUUGUCGGACGCUUCCGACGCCAAAAAAUUGUCUUUUAUCAAGAAGACCGUCAAGAAGCACGACGUUGUCAUCUUCUCCAAGUCUUACUGCCCGUACUGCAGAAGAGCAAAAGGUGUUUUUAAGGAACUGGGAAAGGAUCCUUUUGUUGUGGAGUUGGAUCAAAGAGAUGAUGGCCCUGAGAUCCAAGAUGCCUUGUCUGAGUUUAUUGGUAGGCGUACCGUGCCUCAAGUGUUCAUCCAUGGGAAGCAUUUAGGCGGUUCUGAUGAUACUGUCGAGGCAUAUGAAAGUGGAAAGCUUCAGACUCUUCUAGGUAUUGACACAAAAGAUCUUAAAUGAGAACGUGGAUCAAUGUUCCGACGUUAGUUAAUCAGGACUCGGAUGUUCUAAGGCUUUUUGAAUUUAAGGAUCGAUGCCCUUGUGAUCUUAUGAAUGAUAAAAACCUUGACUGCUAUUCAAUAAUUCUUCUUUUUAACAUUUUACACUUUUA